CCAACCCACCUUCUCUCUCUCUUUGUAUAUAAGAAGGAAGGUUGGAUUUCAACUCUCUGUCCCCUUCUUUUACAUAAAGACUGAAGAACACAGAAUCCUUCCCAUUCUCUUUCUUCAUUGCGGAUUGUUAAGCUUAUUUACUCUAUAGGAGAGUGUCCAUUGAUCUGUAACAACGGUUAAGAUGCCUGGCGUCAAUGGAGAGGGGGUGGAAACUGAACUGAAUGGCGACUCCUUCUCACUUUUGAAGGAAAAGUUGGCCUCCAAUAGGUCCCCGAGGAGUCCCUUGAGUCCAGGAAGUCCUCAUAGUGAGGCUCUUGAUCUCCAUUUGAACAAUGCUAUUAACACCUCUAUCGAGCAGUUGUAUGAGAAUGUCUGUGAAAUGCAGAGCUCUGAUCAAUCACCAUCAAGGUUUAGUUAUGGAUCUGAUGGUGAUGAAUCAAGGAUUGACUCAGAGCUGUGCCAUCUUGUUGGGGGAGAGAUCAGGGAGGUGGAGAUAAUGCAGGAUGAGAAGAAGUCAGAGGACGCUGGAAGUGAUUCAGUUUCUAAGAAGGAAAAUGAUUCUGUGGAAAAAAAGUCCGACAAGAUAUAUAAUAUUCAGUCCACCAGUCCUAAGUCUGCUUCUUCAAUAAAAUCAAAAAUGAAAUCUGGGGUAUCAACUAAAUCGAGUCGUAAGAACAAAAAAUCAAAUGGCAGGCCUCCUAUUGACAAACAUGGCAAUGGGUAUUCACCAAAACCAAAUGGUGGAGUUGUUUCAUCAAAGAAACAGAGGAACUCUUUGUUGGGGGGGUCAAAAUUACAGAAGGGAGCUGAGGAUCCAUCUGAAGCGGGCUCAGAAAACCUAGAGCUUGGGCCUUUUCUUCUUAAACAGGCAAGGGAUUUGAUCUCUGGUGAUAAUCCCCACAAAGCUCUUGACUUUGCUCUUCGAGCAGCAACAUCAUUUGAGAAAUAUGCGAAUGGAAAACCUAGUUUAGACUUGGUCAUGAGCUUGCAUGUUAUAGCAGCAAUACACUGCAGUUUAGGUCAAUAUGACCGAGCAAUUCCUGUUCUUGAGCACUCGAUCGAGAUUCCAGUCAUGGAGGAGGGUCACAAUCAUGCCCUUGCUAAAUUUGCUGGGCUAAUGCAAUUGGGUGAUACAUAUGCAAUGGUUGGCCAGCUUGAGAAUUCCAUAAUGUCCUACACAACAGGUUUGGAGAUCCAGAAGCAAGUCCUCGGUGAAUUGGAUCCAAGGGUUGGUGAAACUUGUUGGUAUUUAUCUGAAGCACAUGUUCAAGCACUACAAUUUGACGAGGCUGAGAAGCUGUGUCAGAUGGCUCUUGAUAUUCACAGACAGAAUGGUCAACUUGCUUCUCUUGAAGAGGCAGCAGAUAGGAGGCUUAUGGGUCUUAUCUGUGAAACAAAGGGAGAUCAUGAAGCAGCCCUUGAGCAUCUUGUUUUAGCUAGCAUGGCCAUGGUGGCCAACGGUCAAGAAGCAGAAGUGGCUUCUGUUGAUUGCAGCAUUGGAGAUACCUACUUAUCUUUGGCUCGGUAUGACGAGGCUAUUUUUUCUUAUCAAAAAGCACUCACAAUGUUCAAAUCCACCAAAGGAGAAAAUCAUCCAGCUGUUGCUUCAGUUUUUGUGCGCCUGGCUGAUUUGUCCAACAAGAUUGGGAAAGUAAGAGAAUCAAAGUCUUACUGUGAAAAUGCCCUACGGAUUUAUGGAAAACCCAUUCCAGGAAUCCCUGUAGAGGAGAUUGCCAGUGGUCUUACUGAUAUUUCUGCCAUCUAUGAGUCUUUGAAUGAGCCUGAGCAAGCUCUCCAGUUGCUUCAGAAGGCUUUAAAGAUGUAUGCUGAUGCCCCUGGUCAGCAAAGCACGGUUGCAGGAAUUGAGGCCCAGAUGGGUGUCUUGUACUAUAUGUUGGGGAAUUAUUCUGAGUCUUACACCUCUCUCAUGAAUGCAGUUACAAAGCUCAGGGCAAGUGGAGAGAAGAAAUCCACUUUCUUUGGGAUUGCCCUCAACCAAAUGGGACUGGCAUGUGUGCAGCGUUAUGCAAUUAAUGAGGCUGCAGAUCUGUUUGAAGAAGCAAGGAGUAUUUUGGAACAAGAAUAUGGACCAUAUCACCCUGACACACUAGGAGUUUAUAGCAAUCUUGCUGGCACUUAUGAUGCGAUGGGAAGGUUGGAUGAUGCAAUUGAGAUUCUGGAAUAUGUUGUUGGGAUGAGGGAGGAGAAGCUUGGGACAGCAAAUCCUGAUGUAGAUGAUGAGAAGAGAAGGCUGGCCGAGUUAUUAAAAGAGGCAGGCAGAGUCCGGAGUAGAAAAGGCAAAUCACUAGAAACCCUCCUCGAAACCAACUCUCAUCCUAUAAACAAAAAUGGGAUAAUGGUAUGAUUAUGCUGGUUAUGUAUGCAACCGUUUAUGUAAAAAUAGAAUAUUCAAAAAGAAAACUAGGUGAUGGGUUUGUUGAUAGAUUCUUGUUUGGGAGGCAUGGGUAUGUUAAUAGGUACCUGUUGGAGAGGUUGAACGGAAUAACAGGAGAGAGGGGCUUUUGAUCAUAUUCUUUAUUGUACUAUUCUUUUGUGUCAAAUAAGGUGGUUGUUUUUGUAUUAGAUUGUUCAAGGAACUGAGAGGAUUCCUUGGUCACCUCAUCAUUUGUAUUCAAUUGUUUAAAGGAAUAGAUGAAAUCCCCUUUCUCAUUGUA